AUGGGGAAUAUGAGUCCGCAACACUUGGGAAAUGCAGCAUCAGAAGAAAGCCUUUUGCAUCAGCUGAGAGAUAUGUGGAAGAGUCCUAGGGGCACAGUGCUCCGAAUCGAGGCAUUAGCGUUGGUGGCCAUUGCUCUCUCUUUCUUCCUUGCUGCAUUUGGGUAUUGCCGCCGUUGGUCCAAGAGUUGGAUCAUCCAGAAGGGUUUCCUGGCUGCAAAUGCAUUGUUUCUGUCCCUCGGGACAUACAGCAUUGGCCUAAUGCAAUCUUCACGGGUGAAGAGCGAGAUGUACCCGAUAUGGGCGGUAUCCUUACUAGCUCUCCUUUGCUGCGUCGACUCAGCUGCUGCGUCUGGGCUUGACAACAAAAACCAGCUCUGGAAGAUGUUGUAUCAGCUUUGUCUCUACUUUGGAUAUGUCCUGCUAAUGAGCAUCACAACCAUCUCUAGCGAUAUUGGUAAUGUAGCCAUCUGUGUGUUAGCUGCCGUGACUUUCAUGAAGGGAUUUCAUAGGUCAAUGGCACUUGUUCUGCCAAGCUCUAUGCGGAACAUGAUCAGAGAGAUUCCGGCGCAUAGGAUUAGAAAAUGUUCUUUUGGAGAUGCUGAUGAAGAAAAAGACUUAAUUGUUGAUAGGAAGCUUGACGUAAUUAUUGGAUAUCGUCGGGAGGUUGACAUGGGUGAUAUAGCUUCCAUGAGUUGCGAAGAAGGCAUUAGUAAGAUUGUAGAAUCAGCCCUUGAUGCCUGCAAGGAUGUGUGCCUCUCCUUCUCUCUGUCUCAUUUGUUGCACCGGCGUUUCCUUGGGUUAAGCAGCGGCAUUACACCAGCGGUGGCCGACAGCACAAAGCCCUUGAUUAAAAACUACGAGCGGGCCUACAAGGUGGCUGAGAUUGAGUUGGCUUUCCUAUACGACAUCUUGUACACCAGCAACACGUUCCUCCAUUACUAUGAGGCGAAGAAUGCUAGCGUCUGGGCAUUUGCUUCGGUUGUCGGCAUAUGUUUCGUAGGGGCAGUGGCCGCCAUACCUGGCAUGAGGAUGACCCACCGUGCUGCUCCUGCGGGCACCAUAUUUGUGAACACCACAACAGCGGACUAUGUUAUUACUGGAGUAAUACUGGUGUCUCUAGCUCUACUACAGGUGGUGCAGAUGCUACGCUGCUGGACCUCAAAUUGGUCCAGAGUUUCCUUUGCCCGUGAUUGGGUCAGCAAGAUUCUGGACAAAAGUAAUCAUCAUACGGCGAGCAAUGUAAAAGAAGAAAAGAGAAUUAAAGCCGACGAUGUGAGCUGGGGAAUGAGACUGAGAGCAUAUCUUCUCAAGAUCAAUUGGUAUGACGACAAAUACUACCUAUGGCAAAAUAAGCUCGGGCAACAUUCAGUGAUUGAAGAAUCCGGUUCCAUCAUGGUGGGUUUCUGGGGAUUUCUGGGUCACCACCGCUGCCAUCAGGUAUUCUACAAUCGGAUAUUCUGUUGUGGAUUUCUGGUGAAUUUUUGCGGCUGUAUUCCUUUCUGCACACAAAUGAUGGCGGUGUGCUUAUUCCUGGAGCAAAUUAUCGGGAAAUGUUGUUCGCAUCUAAAGUCCCUUGUAAAGAGGUGUUUGGGCCUGCUUGGACUGCAGUACAUAAGACGAGAGCUCCAGGAAAUGUUGAAGGGCGGCUCCAGGAGUCCCCGUGACCUGCACUGCGAUGUGAAAACAUCCAUUGGUUGUUUUAUUCUUGACAAGAUGAGGUCCGAUGAAGUGAGUGGCUGGGCAUCCUCCGAAGAGGAAAAUAGACAAAGAGGUUGCCAUCUUCCAGACUUCUCUGUCAAGGUAGCUGUUAAGCCAUCGUCUGAGGCUACCGAUAGGAAUGCGAUGAUAUACGUGUCUUGUAUUCUCAUGUGGCACAUUGCAACAUGCUACUGUGAACUGCACGACCAAGUUCAUGUUGUAGACGAAGACAACAAGGAUCGUGGCGUGGCCACGGCUCUGUCCAAAUACUGUGCAUACUUGGUGGCUUCAGCACCGCGCCUACUCCCUGGCCGCUUCGAGACUACAAAAUGGGUAUACGCUCAAGUUAGGGAAGUGGUGAUUAGCUGGACGACCGGAACAGGAGACAAGUUACGGGCAAUGGACAGUUGCAACACGGAUGAUAUUACACUUAAUCCAUCUGAGGGUGUUGGAUACUGGGUCUAUGCCCUGGGUGUGAAGCUUGGGAAGGGACUAACUAACAAAGAAAUGGCUCCAGCUGAUCGGUGGAAGUUGCUGGUAGAUUUCUGGGUGAAGGCAUUGGUGUACGCCGCGCCAUCGGACGACGUGGAGGAGCACAUGCAGUACCUCUCGCAAGGUGGCGAGCUCAUCACCCAUCUCUGGGCGAUGCUCUAUCAUGCCGGCAUCCAGAAGUGGCAGCUGAACCCGCCUGCACAAGACUGCAAGAUGGGGUGGGAUUACAUCUUUAGGAUUCGCUCCUGGAAUGACCUCGCGCAUCACAUGGAACAAACGCCAAGGGACAUGGACGCCGUGUAA